AUGUCUGCCUACCAUAUGCGUCAUUGUGUGUUUUGGGAACAACUGCUGCUGGAGGAUAUUGCUUUUCCAGCUGGAUUUGCUUGGGGUGCAGCUACAGCAGCAUUUCAAAUUGAAGAAGGCUGGAAUACAGAUGGAAGGGGCCUUAAUGUCUGGGGCACAUUCACCCAUCAGGGAGGAGAUCGAGUUUUCAAGAACCAGACUGGUGAUGUAGCUUGUGGCAGCUACACUCUGUGGGAGGAAGAUUUGAAAUGUAUCAAACAGCUUGGAUUGACUCAUUAUCGCUUUUCUCUUUCCUGGUCACGUCUGUUACCUGAUGGGACGACAGGUUUCAUCAACCAGAAAGAAGAUGAAGGUGGUUGGAGAUCUAAAAUGAUCAUUCAGAGCUUUGAUAAUUUGGCAAAAUAUUGCUGCAAAGCAUUUGAAGACUGAGUGAAGCUUUGGAUCAUUAUUAAUGAGCCUUAUGUUGUUGCUAUACAUGGUCGUAGAAAAGAUCAAGAAAACACAGACAAGAGGCGAAGUGUCUCAAUGGCAUGUGUGGCUGAGCAAAUAACGGAUCCCUCUUGGUCUGUUGCAACUGGGAGUCUAUGGCUCGCUGAAGUACCAUGGGGUUUAUACUGACUUCUGUAUUAUAUCAAGGAUAUAUAUAAUAACCCUCUAAUUUACAUCACCGAGAAUGGGUUUUCCCAAAGUGACCCUGCUCUACUUGAUGACAGCCAACAAUGGGAGUAUUUCAGGUCGAAUUUACAGGAAAUUUUAUAA